UAAGAACUUCCGCGAGAGAAUGUACGUCAGUCUAGCUUUUCCAUGUCAUCAAGAAUAAAGUGGAGGAGAUGAUGAGGGUUUGCCAUCACAAACGUUGCUGGAGAUCUCAAAAACUAAAUCAUCGUAAGAGAUAGCAUAAUAGACAAUAAUGCCAUCCCUGUCGUCUCCUUCCUUUUCUCGCUUGGUGGCAGCCUUGAAGCAGCACAAGAAGACUUGCACGGUCAUUGAAAGUUCCUGUGGUGGACUCAUCAAUGCUUCCAUUUUGGCACAGCCGGGAGCCUCCAACGUCUACUACGGAGGAUCCGUUGCCUACAAUACCCGUCGUGCCAAACCACUGUUGCUAAACAAUCCAGAAUUGCACAAGACUCUCACGGCUCCACUUACACAAGAUAAUGCCGAAAGCGAAAAGGAGCGCUACAUUCAAUCCAAAGUGGCAUGGACCCAACAAACCGCCAUUGCAUUUUGUGAAGGCAUGGACACGGAUAUUUGCAUUGCCGAAGGCGGUGCCACCGGACCCACAUUUCGUCCGGAAGGAUUGGACACGGGGUUUGCCGUCAUUGCCAUUGCCGCCAAAUCAUCACAAUCGUCAACAAAAAUCGUUAUUGUCAAACAAAAAUUGAUCGAAUCCACCCAUGCAAAUCGACAAGUCAAUAUGAGACUCUUUGCCGAUCGAGCGGCCGAAUUGGCAUUACAGGUAAUUACCGGAGGGGAAGAAGAGGAAGCAGCAGCAGAAGACACAAGUCAAGCUACAGUCGACAAACCACAUUUUGAUAGAGCCACGCAUUUGCGAGCCGAUCCGGAACAAUUGGAGGCAUUGGCCCAAGAUGCCCACUAUGUCAUACUCCACCAAAACGCGACGCUCUUUCAAACAAUACCUCCUCAAACUCAAGAGGACGACGACGACAAUACGGCACACAAUCGAAAGCUCCAACUAUUAUCUCAAACACAAGUCCAACAAGUCAUGGACUCGCUCCCCAAUGGCGCUCGCAAGGAGACUACCUUUUUGGGACUCCUCAAUGAUCACCAGGCCAUAUUUGGUGUGGACAUUUUGUCUUGCAAUGACGACUCCUCCAAAGUGGAAACCGCCAUUCACACGACACUGAAUACGGACGAGUGUCACUUUCAAGAUACGCGCACCGUGGCUCCCUUGUUGGCAUCGUCUUGCGAAAAUGAAAUUGUCCUGCAUGCCACGGCAUUGGCGCAAUGGCAACGGCGGGCACCGCACUGUACCGUCUGUGGAACCAUCACGCGUCUCGAAGAUGGCGGGACACGGCGGGUCUGUACCAACACUGAUUGUGGCCACCAAAGUUGGCCACGACAAGAUCCCAGCAUGAUUGCCGUUGUGUCCAAUCGACAAGGUACCAAAGUAUUAUUGGGACGUUCCAAACGACAUCCUGCCAAAAUGCACACGGCAUUGGCGGGGUUUGUGGAAGCGGGAGAAACCAUGGAACGGGCGGUAGCGCGAGAAGUCUACGAAGAAACGGGAAUUCGAGUGGAUCUAGAUAGUGUUCGAUAUGUGGCAUCGCAACCGUGGCCCUUUCCGCAAUCGACCAUGAUUGGAUUUACAGUCGAGGCAGAUGAGCAACAAACGUUGAAUGUGGAUACCAAUGAAUUGGUGGAUGCCCGGUGGUUUGAUCGAUCCGAAGUGGAAUUGGCGUCCACGGUAUUAGGACCCGUCAUGCAAGUACCAGUGGCCAACGAAGCUCUGGCCGACAACCCGGCCCUCACGCUGCUGAUUCCUCCCAAAGGUGUGCUAGCUCGACAGCUGAUUGAUACGUGGCUGGAGGGGUCGUCCAAGUAAGUUGGUGAGAAAACACAAUUAUGGUGCGCGAACUAUCCGUGCAGGCGCAACCAGAAGUGCCGCAGCUACAAGCUACAGUCGUACUAGUAGGCAGCAAGCUACAACAACCGAUAUCAUGCCUCUAGUAGAGCUAGCAAAGUACUGUAGAGAUAUUGGUCGGGCUCCUGGUUGUGGCAAGGCCGUACACGGACAGCAAUCCUACUCGCCUCCUUGCCACCAAGCUAGGCCACAGCUAGACUACAUGUAUGUCACAAACAAAAGCCCUACCGGUAUUUUAAAAGUGAAACAACUAAUCAGCAUUUGGACGACGCUCAUCCAUGCACUGCACA